CUCAAUUCGCGGGAAUAACCACAAAAGAACCAAGAAAAAUUUUGCUCAAUUAAAAAUCAAUCUACUCCAGCAACAGCAGCAGGGAACUUUUUUCAAUCGCUGUCGUCGUCGUCGCCUUCGCCACCAAAAAUGGCGAUUUCCCAACUUAAAAUCUGUGAUGUAAUCGAAGUGCUGCGCUUGCAAGUUGAAUUUUUGUGCUGAGUUUUAUAAUCGUGUGGAAAAUUCGACUAGGAGUGAUGUUAAGUGGUUUGAAAAUGGGAGUUGUUGUUUUAGCGAAUCUAAAAAAUAAAUAAACCUAAAAGAUCACAAACAGAAUAUGGACACUCAGACAUACGAGAUCCCGUCAUGGGUGCCACAAAUCGAACGUGGUCAUGUUAGUGAUCAAGGAAUUAUAAUUGCCGAUUCUGAAGGUGACAGUGGAAAUCAUACAGACUACUUGGUGCACGAAGUGCCAUCAAACAUUGACCAAAUAGCUGCUGAAAAUCUUAUAUUCAUGGCGCGUGAUGGCCAAAUGGAGAUAAUCGAUAGCCAAAGUGAAGUUCAUGGAGCGACAAAUGAUGAUAGUGGUAUUGUAAAUUUUCAUGAUGACUAUGCCGAAACUCAAAUGGUCACCGAAGAGGUGAUCACAGACGAUUGGGUGCAGCAUCAAGGGGAGGAGAGAGUUGAAAUACCUGCUGAGCAGAUAUGUGGCUCUUUAUCCCAUGUUACAGCCCAAGACAUUGAAGUGCCUUUGCCAACGGUUCAAGAUGAAUAUACCGCCUUGCGACCAUAUCCGUGUGAUUUUUGCAGUCGCCGAUUUCGCAAAAAAGCCAGUCUGAUGAAUCACAUGGUAGCGCAUCAGAAUGAUCGACCGUAUGUGUGUAAAUUGUGUGGAUCGCGAUUCUUCCGACGAAAUGAUUUGAUAAAUCAUCUAAAAGUUCAUGCUGAAUCAUCAGAGCUCGACGAUAAUGAAUAUUUCGAAACAGAAAGACAAUCAUCACCGCCAAAUGAUCAUUACUACGAUCAGGAGUGGCAGAAAGAAAUAAAAGCGACCAAAAAACCUCGUGGGAAGCGAAUUCCCAAAGGUCCUCCGAAAGAGGAGAACUACACAAUCGAUGAGACUCUUCGCCAGAGACAAGUAACACCACAGAUCCAUGAAGAACCUACAGCCAACAGACAUCAGCAACAGCAGCAGCAGCAGCAUGAACAGGAACAGUUCUAUGAGGAGCCAGAAACCCCUGUGAUAGAAGAUAUCAAAAACAUUCAACAUUUCCCUGUUAUAGAUGAAAAUAAGCCAUUUGUGUGCCAACAGUGUGGUUUGUCCUUUGCCAGGGAAAAGGCACUGUCAUCACAUGUGAAGAGCCAUCGCAAUGACUCAACUUUUGAGUGUGGAACUUGCAACGAAAUGUUCUGGGAUGCCAACACUCUUCAGGAGCAUCAGAAGUCCCACCAAUUCGAAGCUAGUAACUCCGAGUAUGAGCCGGAUGUGGAUAACGAGAGUGAUUCCGAGUCGGAAUACAAAUAUGGGGAUUUCUAUUGCUCCCAGUGUGGCAUGUCCUUCCACCGUCAGGACCUGCUGCGUCGUCACUCUAAGUCGCACAUAAAGAAGGAAGUCAUUGAUAAGGAUCAGCAUUGCUGCAAUACAUGUGGAGAGUCAUUUGUAGAGGCAUUGGAUUUGCUCGCUCAUGCAGAGAUUCACGCAAGAUAUCCGCCUUUUAAAUGUGUUCUAUGUGGAGAGUCAUUCUUUGAGGAGAGCACCAUUAAACGUCAUCUGACGAACCUGCAUUCGGCUGAAAUGACCUCGAAUUCGUGCAUUCUCUGCGGCAAAGAGUGUCGGGAUCGUAAGGCUCUCAUGAAACAUGCCUGGGACCAUUCUCGUGAGAAAUGCCAUUCGUGUUCGAAAUGUGGAAAGAACUUCCACAAUAAAGCGCGCUUGAAGCGCCACAUGGCAUCUCACCGCGACAAGUCGGUGGUUUGUAAUGUUUGUCAGGAGGAAUUCCCCGAUGGUCGUUCGCUGUCGAAUCAUCGGCAUUCACAUAGCGUGAACGCAUCGGGGAAACUGUUCCCUUGCAACGAGUGCGGCAAGACUUUUGGAUCGAGGAGCUCGCAGCAGAUUCAUGUGCGUAUUCAUACGGGUGAGCGGCCAUACGGAUGUCGUUAUUGCUGGAAAGCAUUUGCUGACGGUGGAACUCUUAGGAAGCAUGAGAGGAUUCAUACAGGUGAAAAGCCAUACGCGUGUUCAGUGUGUCCACGUGCCUUUAAUCAGCGUGUUGUUCUCAGAGAGCACAUACGCUCCCAUCACUCCGGACUGGAUUCCAAAAGGCAGACCUAUUACUGCUCUGUGUGCUGCAGCGAGCUUCCAUCAUCUAGCGAACUGAUUCAGCACCUUAUUCAACAUAGUGACAUAAAUACGGCGAUGCAACGGCAGCCUGUGACUGGACCAAGAAAAUAUAAACGUCGCCGAAAGCUCAAACCCCACGAAAUUGACCGCCUGCGAACUGAGAACAAGAAUAGCAGCGAUAUUGACAUCUCAGACUUUGACAUGGAUAAUGUCGAUGAUCUCCUCGGAAUUCCCAAUCAGACACCGCCGACAAACAAAAGCAAUAGAGCUCCAACGCUAUCCGAACAAACGUCUUCCACUUCUGGUGCUCUAUUGGGAUCGGCCGAGAGUGAUUCGAAGAAACAGCGCUACAACUCGACUGGAAGUUCUGAGAAGUACACCAGCAACUGGCACACAAAGCUGAUGAACACCUCGACAGAAGACACAUACAAGUCACUGUUGUCGAACUUGGAGAAUACUUUGCAGAGUAUCGAUACUCUGGUUGUGAGUAACCCGUCAUCGUAUGGAAACAACACAGCACCUGCCGAGGCUCCACCGCCGCCGCCAACAUCAACACCAACGUCGUCGACAGCCGUAAGUCUUCCCAAAACUCCAAAGGCGUCCCGCAGCAGCAAAAAGAAUGCCUCAUCAUCAUCGAAGGCAUCAAGUCGUCCGAAGAUGAUUCACACCGAGAAAACUCGUCUGCCCAUCGAGAAUGGGAAACGUAAAACGAAAACCUUCGUUACGCGCACCGAACCCACUGAACUGGACAUGUUUAGCCAGCGGUCAAAAUCUCAUGCGAAUGACUACGAAAUCAUCUCACCGGACAAAUACCCGCCAAACCAGAUUCAAUCUAGUCCGGUUCAUAUCAAACAGGAGAUUGUCUGCAGUCGUAGUGAAUUGUACGACGCUCAGCUUCUCCUAGAGGCCACAUCGGCCCGCCGAGAACUGGACAAAUACAACCCCGCCAUAGUCAACGAUCUGGAAGAGAUUCUUCGAUCACCGGACAAAUCGAAAUCCCCUCGCCGUCGCACGAUCAGUGAUCGGACAGAUGAUGAAAUAAAAGCAGAGCCUCACUCACCCAUUCAGCAGAAUUUCGAUUUUGUUCGCAGAUCCACUCGGCCCAGGCGGCCAGUGGUCAACAGAAAGUAUCUGGCUUAUGAAACCGAUUUGCCUUCACCUGCAGCUAAAGCCAAGCCACGUGCUGAGAAACGUGAAAGUAAAGCCUUCGUGAGUUCACCUGCUCGCACUUCUUUGAAGUGUUCUUCGCCGAUACCAUCCCCACCACCGACGCCUCCUCCACCACCGGUCAGGAAGCAGCACUAUUUCGAAUGCGAGAUGUGUUCGUCAGUAUUUCCAGAUCGUGCACAACUUUUAGACCAUGUACCUAUUCAUAUUUAAAAAAAAAAAUCGAAGAAGUCCAAACCAAGAGAUCUUUUUAAAAAAGACCUCCCCACACACACUUUUACCAAACAAAACCUUCUUAGAAAAUAGUUUCUUAGAUUAUACACGAGUAUUCCCUUGAAAGAGUUAGAAAUAUAGAAUUUUAGAUGAUAUUUAAUUUUUCUUUGUUGUUUUUGUUGGAAAUUGAAGAGCAAUAAAAAGAAAUACAACAUUUUACGGUCGUUAGUUACUAACACGAA